AUGGCGAGAGGAAGUGGACGAAAUCCGACCCCUUGGGAACCACUGGAUACCGAAAGUGCGCAGCGUGGCGAGACUCUCCCUUGGGAGAGAAUCGCAGAGAACGAACUUAAUAACAUGGCACGCUGGUCAAGUCUCGAAGAAACAGAAGCUUUGGAAAAAUUACUCGAACAGAAAAGAGACGAGGAAAGAGUCAUGCCUAAGCGCAAACAUUCUGAAUUGGAUAAUGAUGGCCUUCCACGAGACCCAAUGUACGAGAUGAUUCUCCCACUUAAUGCUCUCACGAAGUUGAGUAUCGCUCCUGAACUCGAAGCUUUACAAGGAGCAUACGCAGAUUCUCGAUAUAUUAUGGUAAAUCUCACCUACAGUAUACCAGAUUUGUCGGUAGAUUCUCAGAACCUUACUGCAAGUAUCAAAGGCUACCGAAAAUCUGUUUGGACCUUUUCGGAAGCUAUGGGAGAUUAUGGAGCGUUUUUGGACAUGAUCUUAAACAAUUUACAAGAAGAAAGCAAGAAUCUUGGGAUAGCACUUAGCAAACUUCAACCUGAAGAUAAGUGGCAAAAUCGCCCAGAUUCAGAACAAGGCAGAAAAAUUGCAGCAGUUUGGAUCACCCACUACGAAUGGUUGGAGAGGGAACUAGAGAACACUUGGGAAGAAACACUCAGAUUUGAAGAUGAAAUCGAAGGUGUCAUAGAAAAGAGGAAAGUUCUUGAAAAGGCAUUCGACAUAACCCAGCCCCGUAUGACUAAGGAAGCGGAAAAGCGAGACCUCAAAAACUUCGAUUUUCCCGCGGCCUACAAUUUGAUCCAUAGAUUCGGUAGUGUCAAAAGUCUGGCUCCUGGGGACAGAACUAAAGAUGGCUAUGAGACACGGCUUGAAGAUAUGAUUUCAUCCCUCAAAAGAGCACUUGAGUUUGCUAAUGGUGAGGCAAGUUAUAUGAUGGAGAAACUGCAAAAAUCUCACAUCCAGAAAUCAACGACAGAGAGCCAGACAGAGAGCCAGCAUGAGGGCCAGGAUGAGACCGACGAGAAUGAAAAUAAAACAAACAAUGCAUCGUCACUGACACCAUUUGAAAUUCCAAAUCUUCAACAACAAAUCGAGGCGCUCACAGCUACAUACGAAAGCUAUUUACAAGUCAAAAUAUAUCUGAGUGACAUGAAACACGACUUGACACAACACUUGAAAGGAAAAGUUAACUUGCCGGAGGAGAGGAUCCAAGUCUAUGAUUAUGUGCUUAGUGGAAGGCAGGAUAGUGAUUACAUGAAGAGGCAAUCGGGAAAGGUGAAUGAGGUGAUAAAUAAAAAGGAGGAGAGGAAGCGAUUGAAGUACCGGCGGCGCGUGGAACAGGAGGAAAAGCGUGCGGAAAAGCUUAAGAAACAGAACUGGAAACCGUGGCAUUUCUGA